GUUAGUAGUCACAAUAUGUCGUUGCAUAAAAAGGACAGCUCUUCUCAAGAUUCUUUCGAACAUGGUCCAGAAGGUAAACGCAAGGAACGUGUUCCACCACCUGUCGUCUGCCAGUCAGACCAUGAGUCCAGUCUACAUGGGACACCAACUCCAGUCCAUGGACAUCACGGAACACCAGUAUUAAGACACAGUGGAGCCAGUUCCCCUAACCAUGACUGUGUUCAGAGUUCACGUUUCUCGGUGGACGAAUCUAAACCAGAUUCACAUCCUGAAUCUCUAAAAUCACAAACUUCACCCGUGGUUCUGCCGGAUGAGGAAACACACAAACGAUCAAGGUUGCCAAACGGACAUGGGGAGAUACCGUAUUCUAGACCGAGUUUUUUAAUCACAGACAUUCUAUCGGAUGUGCCCAGUUUGUCAGACAGGUCGUCCUCUACGACGUACCAUGGCAAAUCGAAUGGACUCCUAAUACCAAAGUCCAUGCCUGCGCCAAGACCUGAACAAUAUCAUCAUCUUAGGCUUUCAGAAUCUGAAGACGAACAGUCGGAAGAUGACUACAACACAACUAGUGUCUCCAUCAAUGAUCACCACGGCGAUGGUCAACAGUCGCCCAUCAUGAUGUACAAGUCGAAGAAGCCGCGCAAGGCGAGGACGGCGUUCACCGAACACCAGCUACGAUGUCUGGAGAAGAACUUCGACAGACAGAAAUACCUCAGUGUCCAGGACAGGAUGGAACUGGCCACCAAGCUGGGGCUGACCGAUACGCAGGUCAAGACCUGGUAUCAAAAUAGAAGAACGAAAUGGAAGCGACAGACGGCGGUGGGUUUGGAACUUCUGACCGAAUCGACCAACUACUCAGCCGUGCAGAGGAUAGUGCACACGAACCCCUACUGGUCGACGUACCACCCCCAGAUGACAAGCCUCAUCUCUAGUCUGGAAGCGGCCUACAUGAGACCCAGUGUGGGAUUCCUGGGAGUGACGCGGCCAGCCAUGUCAGGUCUCUGUCUGCCUGGCCUCCACCACCUGGGCCAGCUGGGCUCCUCCCUAGCAGACAAGCGGAACUGACGUCACAGUCAUGUCUACCUCAAUAUGGCGGAAACGGCUAUGCAUUUUUUUUCUUCUAAUAGAUGAGUAUGAAGUGCGUACAAACCAAGAGAGCCCAAACUAUCAUUAUCCAAAACGUUCAGAUGUUCACAUUGUUUUUGGCGGCUCCAAUAUGAACGUACUCGAAAAUUAUUUUUUAAAAGCAAUAUAGCUUUAAAGGAAUUUAUUAGACGCGUUUGAAUUGCAUGAUUAGUACUGCCAUGAUGAAUUACAAUAGACAUUCGGUAGUUCGAUGUAGUGUGGGCGUUGUGUAUUGAACUUUGCAUGUACUCAUUAACACUGGAAAGAAAAGGGGCUGAUCUCCGAACGUAUGACCUGUAAUUAUUUGAGGCUAAAGCAGACUCGUCAUUCAAGUAUGGGAGCGACAGGAAUAUCUGUACGCGUGUGCCAAUAUAUACCAGGGGCGUGUGCAAGCAUUUGAGCGAGGAGGGGAAGAAGAGGAGGGGGUCCAGAUGGCGGCUUUGCGGCGAGCGAAGUUUAUAGAGGGGUCAAGACAUGCUCCCCUGAAACAUUUAUUUUUUUUAAAAAGAAGAAAAUUUGCUCGGAGUGGGGUCGUCGUUUCGACCCCAGAAACCCUUCCCGCGCACACGCGUCUGUACAGCUGUACACAUGGAAGCUUCUUAGUCCAAAAGAAUCUACACCUAAUCACUUGUGAUGCUGUUGCUUGCCAUGAAUUUCAAAUGUUCCAUGUCUACAUUAGUUUUCAGAACAGGAAACACGUGUGAAAUAUUGUCUUACGUCGAUGCCUCUAGGCCGGGAUGCCACAACACAUGUAGUUUAUUUAUAGGCCUACGAGGUUUCAGUUUUGUUAUUUAUGACCCAUAUAUGUCUACUACUAUGACACUACCCCAAAUGUUUUCGUGUUCAUGUGAAAAUGAAUACAACUAGGUAAUACAAUACGCCAUAUAUUUGAUGUCAGAACUUUACCAAAUACAGUAUCAUAUGGUCGGCUUGUCUGUGCCGUUUCUAAAUGUUUCAUUUUCCAUUAAAUUGAUAUCUGAGCUAGUGUUUAUGUUUUUGUUUCCUUAUAGGAGUGAUAUACAGAGGCGAACGGGCCCCCAUAAACAAAAUUGCUCGAAUCUAGAAAACAAUGUUUAUUCAUAUUUACAUAUAUGGUUCCAAAUAAAUCACCGUGUAUUUUUACAUGGAUUGCAACUAAUAUUUUGAGUUGAAUAAACAAAAUACAUGGCGAUGUUUUCAGGCCAGAUCAAAAGCCUUGAUUUUUGUUGCCCGAAUACGAAGAUUUACCAUUAAGCCCCUCACCCUAACCCACUUUAUUCCCGGCUCGUACGCCUAUGAGACUCGUAUCAGCAAAUCAAAUCAAACAGAAGUUUGUUUUGUUUAACGACACCACUGGAGCACAUUGAUUAAUUUAUCAUCGGCUAUUGGAAGUCAACCAUUUGAUAAUUUCAUCUCGUAGUCAUCAGAGGAA